AUGGCUGUGCUGUUUCGACAUAUAUCAGAGCGGUCCAGCCUGCUCCAACGGACCUCCUCAUCGAAGAUACUCUCAGUCAAGGAGUUCACUGCUGCUAUCAUGAUGUCCAGCGAGAGCACGAAGAAAGCGAUGAGCGGUUUUAACUUAAUAGCCAUCGCCGCGGCACUCAUUUUCCAUGCGUUGAUCGUGGUCCCGUACUGUUCUAAAUUGUUUAAGAACAGUAAGGCUGAGAACAGAUGCUCGUUCAGAACCGGCCAAGCCAUACGACGCACCUCAGUGUGGCUGGCAAUCUGGUUCCUCGAGCUAUGCCUAGGCUCAUUAUAUUACGCACGCGUAUCCGAUCGAUUUCAUUCGUACAUUGGGGAUAUUAGGAGAUGCAUCGAGUUUUUUACCGCUCUUUAUGCGACGCUUGCUUUCACUUCUGCUCUCUUGGCACAAUUCGAACUCUCUCUUGAGAUACAAUAUCAGCAAAAGGGAACCAGAGACGACGCGAAAAUCGGUUCCGCUGGCCAACCAGCAAGGUACUACGAAAUAUUCGCUCGAACUGUCGAGAUAGUGGCUGUCUUGCGCUUUUUGACGUCCAUCGGCACUCUCGGCGGCACAUGUCAUCAAAGUGUGUACACUGUCAGCAUUCUUCUGGACAUGUUCAUAUCUAUACUUUUUCUCCUUGCCGCUUCUACAUCAUUCAUCUACUUUGCUAAUGCCCGGCCGGCUUUUCACCAAUCUGUAUGUCACUUUAUCGUCUUCCCCAAGGCCUCUAGCAUCAUCUUCCAUAUCUCCCCAGUCAUUCCUCAUGCGCUUUCUGUUCUCCAACAUCUCGUCGAUGUCAUUGCCACGGUGGAAACGAGGUAUCAAGAGUUGAGGUCUCACGAAGCCCGAAAUGGGGUUUAUUGGGAAGCCUGUAGAGUGAUUUGUGUGGGAUGGUCGAUGAUUGCCUGUCUUCUGAUCGUCUACACUAUUCAGGCCAAAAGGUCUGAUGGCAUUGGAAAGCUCUCUUUUACGACUCUGCCUAGAAAAUCCUAG